GUGUUGGGAGUGAGAGGGGGUUCCGUGCGGUUGUCUCAUUUCUUGGCCAUUUCUCUGCUAUUUCUAGUGAUAAAAAGGUGCUUAGUGUGUUUCUAAUGAUGGAGGAAAGUGUGUAUUGUGGAUAGGGAUGCGACUUCAAUAGGAAAAGCAUCCUGGUUUAUGAGUAUUUAAGUUUCGUCCCGAGGAAAAAUGGCUCACUCCCAGUCUGUGAAUUGUAGCUUGGAUGACAUCGACCUCAACGCGUUAAAGGACCCAGCUGGAAUUUUCGAUCUAAUAGAAGUCGUUGGCAAUGGAACAUACGGUCAAGUUUACAAGGGCCGACACACCAAGACGGGUCAGCUGGCGGCCAUCAAGGUCAUGGAUGUGACGGAGGAUGAGGAGGAAGAAAUCAAAUUGGAGAUCAAUGUUCUAAAAAAGGUAAGUUUUUCUCUUUAUGAAAUGAUGAAACCAUUACAUUCUAACACGAGGAAAGUUUUUUUUUUCCCCCCAGCCAUCAGCCAUUCACUUUUCCAUGAUUUAAUUUGUAUCCACUCAGCAGCCUUGUCAUUUUCCAUCACCUGCUCCCAGUCAUAG